UUAUUGGGCUAAGAGUAAGUCACCCCUUUGGCCAUUUUGUCAAGUAAAAAAAGAAAGUAAUUUUUAUUUUUGCAUUAUUUCACGUUAUUGCGAAACGCUAAACAAAUAAAAAUGCAACCGCGUACGAAGGUUUUUGUGGGGAGCGUCCCUCAGGGAACAAAACCCGAAGAUUUGCGUCGAUUGUUUGAGAAAUUCGGUGUUGUGACGGAAUGCGAUAUAAUGAAUCGCUGUGGAUUCGUCCACAUGCAGACACAGGAGAUGGCUGACAAUGCUAUUGCUGCACUCAACAACACGAGCUUCCGGGGGACGACAAUUAGUGUGGAGCGUGGGCGGAUGAAGGAACGUGGUGCUGGUGGGGUGAAGAAGGGACCCGGCGGCGGGGGUGGGAUGAUGAAUCAACGUGGACCGAUGGGGAAUCGUGGUCCAAUGGGUGGGAAUAUGGGUGGUGGUCCAGGUGGCCCAAGGGGUCCCAUGGGUGGUAUGAGAGGUCCACCGGGUCCGGGAAUGAAUAAAGGUGGCCCAAAUAGGGGGAACAACAUGAGAGGUCCAAUGGGUGGUGGAAAUAUGGGAGGAGGAGGAGGUGGCAAUCAGGGCGGCCCAAUGCGUCGUGAUCGUGGUGCCAAUGGACGCCCCAAUCCCUACCAACGCGAUCGUCCAGAUUUUCCAGCAAUGCGCGGAAAGCCCGGGAUGCGCAAUAUGGAUCAAUUUGGCUUUGACGACAUGAUGCCACCGAUGGACAUGAACCGUGGCGGCGGAAUGAUGGACAGAGGUACAAUAAUGGACCUUUUGUCUAAAGCUCAGUCACUUCAUGCCUUUUCCAAUAAAGGAAUGAUGGAUCGCGGUGGACCCAUGGGCGGUGGCAACAGUGAUCGCUUCGACGACGACGGCUUUGGGUUCAGCAACGAGGAUCGCCGGGGAUUUGCUCUGCCAGAGCGACAAAUGUUCAACCAGGAUGGCUACGAUGAUCGCCGUGGAGGGCUCUUUGAUGACAUGCGAAGGGGUGGCCCACCACCAAUGAGAGGCGGUGAUUUCGGUGGUGCUGGGGAAUUCAUGGGCCGAAAUUCCGGUGGUGGUGGUGGUGGAGGAGGAAUGGGCGGCGGUGGUGAGAUGUUCUCCCGACGUGCACCACCAAUGCGCGGCGGUGGUCCUGGUGGACGAGGUGGUGGUGGUGGAUUUGACAUGGAUGGAGGCUAUGGGCAGGGAUUCCCACCCCUAGGAGGCAGUGGCAUGGGAAAUCGCAACGGCCCACCACGUAGAUGGUAGAGAAGAAACGUCCUGCGUUUUGCAAAAAAAAGAUCAUGCAAAAAAGAGUUGAAAAGAAAAUUAACAAAAUUCCCAUUUUUUCCGGGAAUAUUCCUCUAAAAGAGGGGAAUUCACAAAAUAAAAUAAGUUUAUCCAUAAAAAAAAACAAAGAAAAAGAGAUUCCGAAUAUUAUAGAGAAAAGAGGACAUUCAGUUUAACGUAGAAAUCCAUUCUUAAAAUCAUCUUCCAUUUUUUGCUCGUUCAACUUAAUAUUCUGACAUAGAAUUGCUUACAAUGAAGUUUACAAAAAAAUAGAAUAUUCCUUCUUAAUUUUUGUAGUCAAUACAAAACGAUAAUAGUUCUUUGUUAGGUUUUUUGUAUAAAUAUACGUAUUUUGUUGCAAGAUAUACCCAAAAAAAAGAAAGAAAAAAUAGACAAAAUGUCCGAAGACGUAAAUAAGAGGGAUGAUUGUUUUGGAGAAAGUAGUUGUAGGUUAUUUGAGUAAAAUUUUAUUGAAAAAAAAAAUGUAAUAAUGUCGUCAAUGAAUAUCAUUUUAAAGGAAUAAUAAAGAAAGAAAAUUAUAAAUGAAUUUGUGGGGUUUAUUUAACGGAACAGAGCUGAUCAUGAACCACACUGAGAUUAUGUUGAUUUAAGAAAAAGAAAAAUGAAAAGGAACUUGAAGAGUAAAACUACGUCAUUAUCAUCGUUUUUCAUGAAAACCAUGUUCAUGAUGAAGAUAAAACUCUAUUCUGAAACGACUAAAAAAUUACGAGAGAACUUGUAGAGGGAUAACCAAGGGUCUUUGUAUGUCAUUCAGGGCCUAAAAUAAAUUGUUGGACAAGAAAACUCCUAAAGUAAAGUUAAGUUAAGCUCUAUAUGAUAGAAAAUUCAUAACGGAAACGGAAUUACAUUGCUGCGAAGUCUCCUCCUGGUUAAAAUCCAGACGAAAUCAUCGUCUUCGUCUAAUUUUGCAGCAACAUCUCUAAAACAGUCUUCUAACCAUCUUUAAAAGACCUUCCCAGAUCACGGAUAAUUAUUUUUUUACGACAAAGACGAUAACUAAUUCUGUUUGGUUUUUAGCAAAGGUGCAGUACAAAGAUUAAAAAAAAUUGGGUGUGUUCUGUAGAUUUUUAAGACACUCGUAAAAUCAGAACUUCAAUAAGCAAUAAAAGGUCAACGGGUAGUGUCGGAAGGAAUAACACCUGAAACCUUUCUCAUCUGUUCAUCAAUGUGGGGAUUAUAGUUUAUACUGAUACUGGAGUACAGCUUAAAAAUUAUUUUCUACCUUCUUCUUUUGCAAAACAGAAAUUUCGUAACCUGAUUCAGAGACUAUGUCAAAAAGUAGAAAUAAAAAAAAAAACAAUUAGAAAAGUCUUCACUUCUACAAUUUGCUAAGGUUUAGAAAAUAUUAAAACGUUAAGAACUCAGUUUUCAGUUCUAUCGUGUUUAGAAUCAUAAAUCAUUUUAUACCUAUUAAGCAAUUUUACCAAAACGUCACUGAAACACAUUAAAGCUGCGUCUCAUUUUCCGUUCGACCGCAAAUCUCAAUGCAAGGUCUAGGUUUCCUUUAGAUUAGGGGACCUGAGGAAGAUUGUCAAUUUUAGGGCAAAAGCGUUAAUUUUUCUU